UAAGGGAGAAAUUAUGAGAAUUACUAGCAGAACUGGACAAUUCCUUUGCAACUUAAAUGGCCAAACUCAGAAAGUGACAUUCAAGAGUGUUUCACUUAUCAAAAUGGUUACUUCUGAAAAUUCUGAAAAAUAGUUGUUAAACUAUCCCGAAGGUGUCUUAUCAGUUAGGUUAAUGUGAAACUGUAGAAAACACUCUUCCUGAAAACUUUAUGACUGUAGACGUGUCAUAAGAGGGUCUGUAACAUGGCUGCUGCAGCUUCAUCUCUGGACGAGGAGCUCUGCUGUUCUGUUUGCACAGAUUUCUUCAAGGAUCCUGUCGUCCUGAAGUGCAGCCACAGCUUCUGUAGAGUCUGUCUGCAGAAGUGCUGGGAAGGGAAGAGCUCUCGGGAGUGUCCAUUAUGCCGGAGGAAGUCCUCCAUGACAGAUCCUCCUGUUAGUGUAGUCUUAAAAAAUGUUGUGGAGUCAUAUUUAAAGAAAAGAAGUGAAUGUGAGGUAGCAGAGAAGAGUGAAUCUCGCUGCAGUCUCCAUGGAGAGAAGCUUCUAUUCUUCUGUGUAGAAGACCAGGAGCCCAUCUGUGUGGUCUGUCAGACUGCAAGGAAACACAGAGACCACCAGCUCUGUCCACUGGAAGAAGCUGUAGAGGAUAAGAAGGAGGACCUCAGAACUUCAUUGAUUUCAUUAAAGGAAAAGCUGGAGAAGUUUACAAAAGUUAAACAAGAAUUUGAGGAAACAGCCAAACACAUCAAGAGUCAGUCCCAGCAGACUGAGAAGAGGAUAAAGGAGGAAUUUGAGGAACUCCAUCAGUUCCUGAGAGAGGAAGAGGAGGCCAGACUGGCUAUACUGAGAGUGGAAGAGAUGGAGAAGAGCGAGAGGAUGAAGGAGAAGAUAGAGAACAUCUCCAAACAGGUCUCCACCCUGUCAGAGAAGAUCAGAGACAUUGAGAAGGCCAUGGGUGCUGAGGACGUCUCCUUCCUGAAGACAUUGAGGAACACCAAGAAAAAAGCCCAGUGCUCACUGCAGGACCCAGAGCUGGAGUCAGGGACUCUUUUGACGCGCCGUAACAGACUCUGUAACAUGGCUGCUGCAGCUUCGUUCCUUGAGGAGGAGCUCUGCUGUGCUGUUUGCUCAGACUUCUUCAAGGAUCCUGUCGUCCUGAAGUGCAGCCACAGCUUCUGUAGAGUCUGUCUGCAGAAGUGCUGGGAAGGGAAGAGUUCUCAGGAGUGUCCAUUAUGCAGGAGGAAGUCCUCCGUGACAGAUCCUCCUGUCAACAUUGUUUUAAGGAACAUUGUGGAGUCGUAUUUACAGCAAAGGAGUGUUAGAGAUGUGGCAGAGAAGAGUGAAGCUCCAGAGAAGAAUGAGGCUCCAGAGAAGACUGAAUCUCGCUGCAGUCUCCAUGGAGAGAAGCUUCUACUCUUCUGUAAGAACGAUCUGGAGCCCAUCUGUGUGGUCUGUCAGACUGCAAGGAAACACAGAGACCACCAGCUCUGUCCACUGGAAGAAGCUGUACUAGAUAAGAAGGCGGAGCUCAGACGAUCACUGAUUACUUUAAAGGAAAAGCUGAAGAAAUUUACAAAAGUUAAACAAGAGUUUGAGGAAACAGCCAAACACAUCAAGAGUCAGUCCCAGCACACUGAGAAGAAGAUAAAGGAGGAAUUUGAGGAACUUCAUCAGUUCCUGAGAGAGGAAGAGGAGGCCAGAUUGACUACACUGAGAAUGGAAGGGAUGGAGAAGAGCGAGAGGAUGAAGGAGAAGAUUGACAACAUCUCUAAACAGGUCUCCACGCUGUCAGAGAAGAUCAGAGACAUUGAGAAGGCCAUGGGUGCUGAGGACGUCUCCUUCCUGAAGACUAUCAAAGGCAUCAAAGAAAAAGCCCAGUGCUCACUGCAGGACCCAGAGCUGGCUUCAGAGGCACUGAUAGAUGUGGCGAAACACCUGGGCUCUUUGAAAUUCAGAGUCUGGGAGAAGAUGCUGGGGACUGUGCAGUACAGUNCUGUGACUCUGGACCCAAACACUGCAGCCCCCUGGCUCUCAGUGUUUGAUGAUCUGACCAGUGUGAGAGACACUGGCGUUAAACAGCAACUUCCUGACAACCCAGAGAGAUUCUCCCCCUGUGUGGGGGUGCUGGGAUCUGAGGGGUUUAACUCAGGAAAACACAGCUGGGAGGUGGAGGUGGGGGACACACCUGAGUGGGAUGUAGGAGUAGCAGCAGAGUCUGUUAACAGGAAGGGGGGGAUUACAUACAAGCCAGAGAAUGGAUUCUGGGUUAUAGUUCUGAAGAAAGGUGAUGUGUAUACAGCAUGCGAUUCACCUCCAGCGCUCCUCAGUCUUAAGAAGACACCGCAGAGGAUCAGAGUGCAGCUGGACUAUGACAGGGGGGAGGUGUCCUUCUCCAACCCCGCUGACAUGUCACUCAUCUACACCUUUAAAGGCACAUUCACUGGGAGCCUGUUCCCAUUUUUCUCACCAGUUGGAAAUAAUAAUGGAAGCUACACUGGAGCCUUGAAGCUCUGCCCAGUAAAGGUGUCUGUUGCCUUGUUUCCACCAUGCCGGUGCAGGGCUGGUUCUCGCUUACUGCCUUUUGAGAACCUGCCUGCAAUUCCACUGAUUUCAAAAAAUUUCAGAAUAGAAAUGUUACGCAGGCGGAAGUGAGAGUGAAGGUUCAUAUGUAUCCAUUUUCUGGAUUUAUGUGUUUCGGUCUAUAAGGUUUUUUAAGCUGCCGAACUGAAACACGCUUUCAGAGUGUGACCCGAUGCGCUCUGUUGCUUUGCUUGUAUCCACUUUUGUCUCCUUCAAGGCUGCAUUUUACCUGCAGUUUACCUGCUUACUUCCUGUUAUUUUACUGGUGUCAGUGAGGUUAUUCUUCAUUCUCUCUUGCUGUGUUACUGCUCUCCUUCUGAGGAUCGCGGAAUGACACACGCUGCUAAAAGCAGAACUUUGCUGUCCACCUCAUGAUCUCUUCGCUACUCAAGUGCCACAAUAUUAAAUUUUAUGACCCACAACAUGUUUAUAAUUCCAGCAAAUCAAUCUUUCAUUUUCCACCCAAUAGAAAGCAAUGUAAUGUAAUUCCGUUAAUAAGCUGGCAAGUUGUUUCACUGUCGGAACUAGUUCUGGUUUGGGAAAAUAUCCGGCCCCAGCACAGUGUUGGUGGAAGCGAGGCAUCUGACAGUGAUGUCAUCCCACUAAAAAUGUCUGUGACAGUGAUGUCAUCCCGGUAAAGGUGUCUGUGACAGUGAUGUCAUCCCA